UUCGUUCGUUUCGUUCAGUUCAAUCUACCAACAUAAAAAAUGUUUUGAUUUGAGGUUAAAGUUAGGUAAAAUAUAGAUAAAUAAUAGCGAUAAAGAUUUGUAUUAAAAGAAGAAACGGCUGAUAGGAUGUCUAGUCAGAGAUACUCGAAAAUUAUAAGCCCUUAAUAAUUGCGCUGUGAUUUUAUAAAGUGAAGUGUAAACAAGGUGCAUCGUUAGUUAUAAUGCCUGAUAUCAAGAUAACGCCACUAGGAGCGGGCCAAGACGUAGGCCGAAGUUGUAUUUUACUUUCAAUGGGAGGCAAAAAUAUAAUGUUAGAUUGCGGCAUGCAUAUGGGCUAUAACGAUGAGCGGCGGUUUCCAGACUUCUCGUACAUAGUGCCUGAGGGCCCCAUCACGAGUCAGAUCGACUGCGUCAUCAUCUCGCACUUCCACCUCGACCACUGCGGAGCACUACCCUACAUGUCCGAGAUGGUAGGCUACACCGGGCCCAUUUACAUGACGCAUCCCACAAAGGCCAUAGCACCUAUUUUGCUUGAAGACAUGAGAAAAGUCGCCGUCGAAAGAAAAGGAGAGGCGAAUUUUUUUACCUCACAAAUGAUUAAGGAUUGUAUAAAAAAAGUUACAGCCGUAACUUUGCACCAGUCUGUGAUGGUUGAUAAUGAACUAGAAAUUAAAGCCUACUAUGCAGGUCAUGUACUAGGAGCUGCUAUGUUUUGGAUUCGUGUGGGCUCUCAAUCUGUGGUGUACACAGGAGACUACAACAUGACCCCUGACCGACAUCUGGGUGCAGCUUGGAUUGACAAGUGUAGACCGGACUUACUUAUAACUGAGUCAACAUAUGCUACAACUAUAAGAGAUUCAAAGCGCUGCCGUGAGAGAGAUUUCCUGAAAAAAGUACAUGAGUGUGUUGAGAAGGGAGGCAAGGUACUAAUUCCAGUGUUUGCUCUGGGGAGAGCACAGGAACUAUGUAUUUUGCUAGAAACUUACUGGGAGAGAAUGAAUUUAAAAUAUCCAGUAUAUUUUGCUCUGGGCUUAACUGAAAAGGCAAAUAAUUAUUACAAAAUGUUUAUCACUUGGACCAAUCAAAAGAUAAGGAAAACCUUUGUCCAGAGAAACAUGUUUGAUUUUAAACAUAUAAAACCAUUUGACAAGUCCUACAUUGAUAACCCGGGAGCUAUGGUGGUUUUUGCAACUCCUGGGAUGUUGCAUGCAGGGCUAUCUUUGAAUAUUUUCAAAAAGUGGGCACCCUAUGAACAGAACAUGGUGAUUAUGCCAGGCUUCUGUGUUCAAGGAACAGUUGGUCACAAGAUUUUGAAUGGUGCUAAAAAAGUUGAAUUCGAAAAUAGGCAAGUUGUGGAAGUGAAAAUGGCUGUAGAGUACAUGUCUUUCUCAGCUCAUGCUGAUGCCAAGGGUAUAAUGCAGCUCAUCCAAUAUUGUGAGCCCAAGAAUGUUCUGCUGGUGCAUGGAGAGGCUCAGAAAAUGGAAUUUCUCAAAGAUAAGAUUGAGAAAGAAUUUAAGAUCAACUGUUACAUGCCAGCAAAUGGUGAGACCUGUAUCAUAAACACUCCCACUAAAAUACCUGUUGAUGUGUCAUUGAGACUGCUGAAGGCAGAGUCUGUCAAAUAUAAUGCUCUUCCUCCAGAUCCCAAGAGGCGCCGUGUUGUCAAUGGUAUUCUAUGUGUGAAAGAUAAUAGACUUUCAUUGCUCGAUAUUGAUGAAGUAUGUGAUGAGAUUGGUAUCAACAGACAUGUUAUUCGUUUCACAAGCACUGUGAGGUUUGAGGAUCCCGGACCAGCUGUCAAGACUGCAGAGAAAUUGAAGGCUCUCCUUGAGGAGAAGCUGGAGGGCUGGACCAUUACAAUGUCUGAGGGAAACAUAUCUGUGGAGUCUGUGCUUAUUAAAAUAGAAGGGGAUGAGAGUACUAAGAGCAUCUACGUCUCCUGGACCAAUCAAGAUGAGGAUUUAGGCAGCUAUAUUUUAGGGCUACUUCAAUCUAUGGUUCAAGAAUCUUAGGUGUUACCAGAAACAAAGAAAGCUACUAUAAUUUUAUAGUGUAAGAUUUAUUGUUUUAAUUAAAUUGUUAUGUAAUCAA